CGUCCCGGGACGACGACGCCAUGUCGCGCGAAGUGGAGCUGGAACGGCCCGUCCGGGUCGAGCAGCAGCGACGAGAACGCGUGCUGGAGAAACCUGCAGCGCCGUCCACCGCUGCCCGGGCAGGUGACGGCGAGCUGGUGCUGGAGAAAGAGGAGCAGUGCGUCUGUCAGAUCUGCACAUGCGGGAAACACCGCUGUCGUUCUGCGUCGUUCGGCUCCUUCUCAAACGAUGCACAGGAAACACUGCAACAAAGAGCACGAACCAGCUGUGAAAAAGAAGUAGGGAGGAGGCAGUGGGAAGUGUCACCCGACAGAGUACGUCAGAUUUCGAAAUCUUAUCGCAGCAUCGAGCGUCAAGAUGACGCGAGCGAAACGACGACCGUCUCCGAACAGAGGAUGUCGAGGCAGGAGCGUGCCUUCCAGAGCGAGGUCUUCCAUGCGGAUGCGAUCGCGACAGGGGAAGGAGCUCUCGGUCACGAAGGCAGAACCCGGACUGCUGGAGGGGUCGCGAAUGGGCUCUCGUACGGACAAGCAACCACUAGCGAAGACGCCGCGGCCGAGCAUCUCGUUCAGAGUUACGAAUUCGCAACUCAUGAAGAGGGGGAUCUCACGAAGAGUGAGAAACGUCACUGCCACCACAGCCAUCAUCACCACGACCACCACCAUCACCACGUGCACAGCUCAUCGGGGAGGGCCGACGGCGGCGGCCAUGCCCAAGGCAGGGCAACGUCGCUGUACCGUCCGAAGACGUCGCUGAGGCUCGAGGGUCCGGUAGAAUACACUACCACCAGUUCCGACUAUUUUUCGACAAUUGACCAGAAUCUGGUUGCGAGAGCAGAACGGUAUCGCUUGGAGCGGCAGAAUGUUGUUGCCGCCAGUGCCGCAGCAGCUGCCGAAGCUACCGGCGCAGCCGACGCUGCUGCCACUAUUGAUGCAGCAGAUGCCACUAUUACUGCUGCAACAGCAAAUUCCAUGAAUGGUGCAACAGCAAAUUCCAUGAAUGGUGCAGCAGCAGCAGCUAGUGCUGCUGCCACUGCUGCUACUGCCUCAUAUGGUGCACGGCACUACCCACUGACUCGGCCGCAGACUAGCUUGAAAACUGGUGGAAAAGCACACUUCUCUACAACCACGGCUGAAGACUUCAAGAUCCGGGAACAAACUGAGAAGGUCACCAGGAGGCUUCGGCCUAGAAAGUUCGAUGAUCCAUCUUACGACAGCAUGCAGGUGCAAGUCGAAACUGAUGUAAAGAAGAGGCGCACUGAAAUGGAUGCUCAAGACCGAGCAUCAUCUGAUGGCGUCCACGAGGAAGUAGAAAGAAAAAUCAAGGAGGAAAUAGUUCACGGCCAUCAGUUUAGGGAAGAUAGAGAAAGGGCGGAAGACAAGGAGUAUUUCACUGACCAUCAAUUCAGGGAAGAAGAAGCAACCUCGACGGAGGCGCUGGAACAAUCGUACCUCGAAGCACGUCAUGAUCACCGAGCAAGAUCCACAUAUGAAGAAGCACGGGACGUGUACGAGGUGUCUCACCUUCAUAAACCGGGGAGAUCGCGGCCAGUUGACCAGUCAUUGAGAACGGCAAAUAUGGAGGCCUACUACCAUCCAGAAAUGUCUGUCCCGUUCUACCCCAAGGACAAUCUCGCGGUGUCGUCUGGGGAGAUGGAUCUGCGUACGACGAACGAUAUAGAGUUCUGCAAAAAAAAGAUGGACCGAGUCAGGCCUGUCAAGCCCAAGUCUCUGGCAAAAUUGUUUGGCAGCAACGGAAGCUCAUUCGAAGGGGAUCCCCAAGCGAUGGCCUCACGCCACCGCAAGGAACAAAGUGUUAUGGACCAGAAGGAUGUGGUGGAACACUUGCACGCAGCUGGGAUUAGUUCCACUCACGAAGACUCAAAAAUGCACCUGGGUGCUAACAAUGUACUCAUAAAGCGAAAGUCCAAGGGCGAACGAAAAGCCCACUUUGAGGGCGAUAGCGUAAAGUGGGAAGGGGCCGGCUCGUACUCAACCACGACAAAAGAUUCCUACAAGAAACCAGAAAGCACGCGUGCUAGGGUAGCCCUUUGUAGGAGGCCGCAAAGCCAUGACGUCUUCCACAGGUUUACGCAAACGGGAGACGAGCUGCGAAGAAUAAGCAAGAAAAAAGACACCGAUGAGAUUACCAUGUUUGGCCGGAAGGAUUCCGCAGAGCUUAUUGCUGAAAUACAGGGUCUUUUGGGAGCAAGCGGGGCAAAGCGCACAGAAAAGAAAGCAGUCAAGCAAGACGUAGUUGUGCGCAAGAAAGUUGGUGUGGCGUCAACAUCUAAGAAAGAACGUGCGGUUCAAGCAGUGUACGAAGACAGCAGGCAAAGGUCGCGAGAAGGAGUGCACGAGCGUCCAAGAGGACAGGAUAAGGCUAGAGUAGUUAAGAAAGAUGCACAUCAGAAAGCACCCUUUGCAGAUCAAGAACCUUCUCGAGCGAAUGGAGAAAGCACAGCGGUACUCAAGAGAAGGAGUGCGGAAACUUCGAUAGAGCAGCACAGAAGUGAAAUGCGGGUAAGCGAAGUUAGCGCUGGACAGCAAGAGUACCUCGAGUCUGUUGUGACCACGAAGAAAUUUGAGGCCGGGCACCACAGACGAGCGGAGGCAGAAGACGACAUUCAUAGGAGUGAAGGUGUCAUCGUGGAAGGUAACGAAGCGCAGGGCUACAUUGAUCAGGGUGCUUUAAGUUCUGAAGCUCAGCUGCUUGCCCAGAAGAGUGCAGAUACGCCAGAUGCGUCUAGGCAGGAGGCCUCGCACGUCUGUCCGCAUGUGAGCAGUGCAAAUCGUGAAAGACUUCGCUUCUCUACUACAACAGCGGAAAGCUUCAAAGACGUCAGCGAAAAGGUACAGCCCGCGAAGCCUUUUUAUCCCAAGCCAAACCUCGCUCCCGAAGGAAGCAUGAGCUUCGAAACAGUCCACCACAGAGAGUUCACUCCUAAGACAGUCGUGGAAGUGCCGACGCCGGUCAGGCCCGUAUCGAUGCUCAAACUGAGCGACGACACAUCUUACGUGGUCAGAAACGAAGACAAAAUUGGUUACUCCAAGGCGGCUCCUUCAGUCGGUGGAACAAGGUACUCUAUAAGGAAACCUCAGUCUACGCUAGUACUAGGCCAAGAUUCGGUAGACUACAAAACGACUUCGCAGCUCGAAUACAAAGCACAUGAAUCCCGCGAACUGGAGGAUAUAUACAAGAAGGCUGUCAAGGUUAGACGGGACAGACAAAGGACGUACACCCGCGGACAACACGCCGCAGCUGCAGUGUCUACAGCAGGUGGGGUGCAGCAGCAUACUUCUUCAGGCGUCCAAGAAGUGACGACAACUUCUCGGGAGGCCUUCAAACCGGUCACCGUAGAGCGCCCCCAGCCGUACAGGCCACAGAGCUGCCUAAAGGUGCGCAGUGCAGAUGACUCUUACGCCGAAAUAUCGACCACGAUGAGGGACACGUUCAGGCGCGUCACUCCCACGGCAAGAGUCAAGCCCAUCAAACGCGAGGCAUCUCUGAAGAAGCUCGGUGAUGACACCGAUUACACUUCCAAAAAGACGACGACCCGUGAGGCCUACGGUGAAGUGAAGAUCCCGCCGAAGCCUGUGCCAUACCGACCCACGGACAACUUGAAGGUGACCGGAGGAAUGACGUUCUCGACUACGACUCAGGAAUCGUACGCCUCGCGGUCGAGCCUGCAGCGUAACGCUACCGAGUUCGCUGAACGCGCCAAGCCGAUAAAGAGAGACGCAGUCGCCAAGGACAUCAUCUUUCCGGUCGACUCUUCAGGUGCGCUUCUCCAAGGAGGCGCAAACUACUGCUCAAUAUGCAAGGCCGAAGAGUCUACGGGAGUUCUGCGGUCGCUGGAGAACACGAGCUCCUACGCGCGCAUCAGCAAGGCCUCGCGCGAGAGGUCGCAGACGCACCAGAAAGUGGGAGGAGGCGCGUUCGAACACACGAGCACGUCCAUGGCCGAUUACCAGGACCCGAAGGCUCAAUCGUGGAAGCAGCGAUCGAUGGCUACCGGUCGCUUGGUGCGUACUGCGAGUGCCGAGUGCCCGGCCGCGUUCCUGAACACGGACAAGUCAGAGUACGUCUUCAAGGAGGUCGUCGGAAACCACAAGUUCUACCUCCCCGCUGUGCAAUGAUGGGUGGGCCGGUGCCUUGCGAAAAGAAAGCUUUCAACUGCGCCUCUCGCAGUGCUUGUCUUAGAAAGUUAUCAUCGGGGUGAUCGAGGCAUUCAACGGAAGCGCUCAAGGAUGCCGGGGCUGAGCAGUGUCGUAUUUAAAAGCCGUGGUAUAGAGCCAAGGGCCUCACGCGCCCAUCUACUAUGGGCUCACACGGAAUCUCAAUCGCCGAAUUAAUUGCAAUGCUGGAAAACGAAGAUCACCAUCCGUGCGUUACUUAAAGGCUUCCGUAACAUAAAGACGUGAGCUGACAGUAAUCAAUCGAUGACUUACUUAUAUAGGCUGCGUUGUUUCACAUAUUGUUACUUUCGCUAAGACGCUUGUUUAUGCUUAUAUUUAGUUUCCUGGCCAACGUGGAGACGAGAAGCAAUUAUGUUUGUUUCGAAGUCUUUAUUUAAUGAUUACUUAUGCCUUGUUUCUAGACCGAAUGAAAUAUGUUCCGUAUGUUUGUCGUCGUUCAGCCAAACGUGAUUUUUCGUAAGAGUGUAUUUAAAAAAAAACAUUGUCGUUCGCAAGCUGAGUGCUUUUACUUGCGAAUGGCUGUUAGUGUCGGAACCAAAGAACGAAAUACAGCAAGCAAGGAUCUUUACAUUCCAUAGAGCUUGCGGAAAUGUAAUGAACUUGCGAAGAUGCAACGAAAUAGGGUGACAUAACGAUAUAUUUUGCAGAUAGUGCAACUCGAAUGCGUUGGCAAUUCGUUUAUUGUGUAUUUGGUUCUUGUAGCCGUGCUCAUAAGCCUCCUCUGAUUUCGCGCCGUGAGUGAAAUCAUGGUGGAGGGCUUCACUCUUGUGAGUGCUCGAGGACAUGUCAGCACUUCGGAACACAUCUCGGUGUGUUCCAAAAGUGCCCCGUUCUUUCGACCGCAACUCACCAAUGGCAAGAGCCGAAAAAGGGCCUAAACAAGUUUACGUCAAGUUACACGUGCCAUUAUAGGAAAGGAAAGUCAUAACUGGCAAUUCAAAUCGAACCUUUGAAAAAGAGGGAGUUUUAGGCUGCAGGAAAGUAAUCUUUCUUGGGUACUUUUCACCAGUUACUUAGAUCAUAUUAACAACGCAUAACGUAAUAGCGAAGAAAAUAUUGUCAACGAGAGCAAGUAUAAGUGCGAAAGAAGCAAAUGCAAAGGAACGAUAGUAACUGUAACGUAACAGUAACAGUUGCAUGCACAUUGCAAUGCUUAAAUAACGCACGCUAACACUUUAUUGCAGGUAUAGCUAUACCAUUAAAAUAUGAUACUUUGUGCUUUUUGUAUUCUCUUAGUUUUGCGCUUCACGCUUUGUACCCAUAUUUAGUGUCGUAUUUUUAAGGAUUACCUCAAUAAUGUGAAUUGACAGAAUAAAAAAAUGAAAUAUUUUUCUCGGUGCCUUGUUAAAGUUGGGGUUCUUGUUUACACCGCAAGUGAAGUCCACGCUGACAUGUAUUGAAUGGGUCGCACGUGGAACGGGUGACUGAGAGUGGUCGCAUAAGGACAGCGUCAGCGUAGAGCCAACGUUUCCACGAGGAGAAUUUUCCAAUACGAUACAUAUCUUGUUCGGAUACUAUUGAUAACGUCAGGCAUGCAUCCUUUUGUGAAACCAAAGGGGUUUUUUUUUUCCAAGCGUGUCAGCAAGUACUGCAUUCGGGAACGUCAGUUGGUCAUGGCAUCCGGAGCACACUGAAUGGAUUCGAUGAUGCGAAGCUGUAAAAUUAUUACAGUGCCUACUGACGUAAUCAUUACGAUGUAAUUAAUGAAUGCAUGAAUGGCGAAAAUAAAACAA